AUGAAGUUCUGGGUCCCGGUAUUGUUUUCGUGGUUGUGGCUGGUGGCACUUGCCGCAUAUUCCAACACGGAAAUGCGCCAGAUUCUUUCGGCCAAGGCCUCAAGUGGUGUCAUUGACAUUGCCGACGAUAACUUUGAAAAGUUUCUCUCAGGCGCCCGUGAUUACCACUUAGUGGUUUUCAUGUCGUCAGACUCUCCACAGCUCAAUUGCAUCUUGUGUCGUGAGGUUCAGCCUGCGUACCGUGCAGUGGCAAGCUCAUGGGACCAUGCCUUCCCCAAAGGUGUGGAUGACGGGAAAGACGUCUACUUUUUGGCCGCAGAAUUCGCCGACAACAGAAAGUUGUUCCAGCUUAUGCAAUUGGACUCGAUCCCCAAAAUCUUCCACUUUGCACCAUCUUCGGAUCCCUCUCCACGGGCUUGGCUCAAGGAAAACACACAAUACCAGUUUUUCCAAGGCGAACAUGUAAGCUUACUCAGACAAUGGGUUGCGUCCUUCACGGGAAAGCUUUUCGAUAUUUACGUUCCGCCAGACUAUGGCCGCAUGGCCAUGAAUGCCUGUGUCACAUUUGCGGUGGUUAUGGUGGUCAGAAGAUUCAGAGGCACUUUAUUGAAUGUUCUCAACUCGUCCUUCACUUGGGGUACCUUGUCACUCGUGUUGAUUUUGUUGUUUGUCAGUGGCUACAUGUUCAAUCAGAUCAGAAACACUCCAUACUUGCGUGAAAAUGGUAACAACAUCGAAUACAUUGCACCAAACCCUCAGGCUCAGUAUGGCUUGGAAACCCAAUUGCUUUCGACUUUGUACGGGUCUUUGGGAAUGGCAUUUGUUCUUUUGGUGAAUAAGGCUGGCUCUAUCCGCAAUCCUAAGGUACAAUUUUUUGCUGUGGCUGUGGUAUUGACCGCCAUAUAUUUCUUAUACAGUCUCUUCCUUUUCAUCUUCUCCCAAAAGCACAUGGGUUACCCAUACAUGAUGUUUGAAUUUUGA